AAUUAGCUUGACAAAAACUGCGAAGAAGACGAAAGAAGUCUGAAAAGGUUCAUGAUCAAAAACCGUGAAAGGCCACGGAAAUACAGUUAAAACUACAAGGUUUAGCUUCGGUCAAUUGGGGAACAAGCUCUUACGUUGGUUGAUGACACGGACGGCAAUAAAACCGGAAGCUUCGAUUGACAUAACCAACUCAAACUUGACGUAUCACGGGAUUUGCAACUCGCUGUUCCGGAAAGUUGGAAUAGUUGGCGAUGUGGAGCGAAGUCUCUCUGUCUCUGACAAUAUGAAGUCUGCGUGGCUGCUGCUGCUCCUGGACCUCAGCUGCGUGUCUCUUCAGGAGAGCAGGAGGCCUAACUUUGUCCUGAUGAUGGUGGACGACCUGGGGAUCGGAGACCUGGGUUGCUAUGGCAACACAACACUGAGGACCCCCAACAUUGACCAGUUGGCGCAGGAGGGGGUGAAGCUGACGCACCACAUCGCUGCAGCCAGCCUCUGCUCUCCCAGCAGGGCGGCGUUUCUCACCGGACGAUACCCGAUACGAUCAGGUAUAGCGGGUGAUGGCAGAAACUGUGUCUUUACAUUCAUCGCUGCGUCUGGAGGACUCCCCAGCCAGGAGGUGACCUUUGCUAAGAUUGCCAAACAGCAGGGCUACGAGACAGCUCUCAUCGGAAAAUGGCACCUGGGACUGAACUGUGAGAGCAGCGAGGAUCACUGCCACCACCCCAGCGUCCACGGCUUCAGCUACUUCUUUGGGAUCCCGCUGACCAACCUGCGGGACUGCCAGGCGGGACACGGCACCGUCUUCAUGAUCUAUAAGUAUUUACCGUACAGGACGCUGGGCAUCGUCUGCCUCACUGCGGCUGUACUCCACUACGGCGGCGUUUUCGCCCUCCGCCGAUGGCUGCUUCUGAGCCUGCUGACCCUGGCGGCUGCAGCCGCAGGUCUGAUAGCGGCGCUCAUCGUGAUCAUGCCGUACAUCAACUGUGUUCUCAUGAGGGACCACAGAGUUGUGGAGCAGCCGUUUACGUCUGAAAACCUGACGCAGAGGAUGACUCAGGAGGCCGUGGACUUCAUAGAGAAGAACUCGGCGAGGCCUUUCCUGCUGUUCUUCUCUUUCCUCCAGGUGCACACGGCCAUGUUUGCUUCAGCGGCGUUCAGAGGAACGAGCCGCCACGGUAUCUACGGAGACGCCGUCCACGAGGUGGACUGGAGUGUAGGUGAGAUCGUGCAGACUCUGGACAGACUCCGACUGAGUGAAAACACUCUGGUUUACCUGACGUCAGACCAGGGCGCUCAUCUGGAGGAGAUCUCGGCCAAAGGAGAAGUCCACAGAGGAUGGAAUGGAAUAUAUAAAGCAGGGAAGUCCACAAAUUUUGAGGGCGGGAUCCGGGUCCCGGGAAUCCUGCGCUGGCCGGGGAACAUCCCCAGCGGCAGACAGAUAGACGAGCCCACCAGCAACAUGGACCUGUUUCCAACGGUGGUGCAGCUGAGCGGAGCGACAGUCCCACAGGACAGGCAGAUAGACGGUCAGGACCUCAUGGAUCUGCUUCAGGGGACAGUUGAUCGUUCCAACCACGAGUUUCUCUUCCAUUACUGCAACGCCUACUUGAACGCAGUCAGAUGGCAUCCCAAAAACAGCAGCUCGGUGUGGAAAGCCUUUUUCUUCACCCCAAACUUCUACCCAGAGAACGAGACGGCGUGUUUCCACACGCACGUCUGCUUCUGCACGCCGGGCUACGUGACGUACCACGACCCUCCGCUGCUCUUCGACGUGUUCAGGGACCCGUCGGAGACGACGCCACUGACUCCCGACACUGAGCCGGCCUUCCACGCCGUCCUGGCUACAAUGGAGGCGGCAGCCGAGACACAUCGCAAGUCGGUGGAGCCGGUGGAGAGCCAGAUAUCGCCGGGGAAUGUGAUGUGGAAGCCCUGGCUGCAGCCGUGCUGCUCCACACUCACACAGCUCUGUCAGUGCCCGCAGGAUGCUUAACUCUCUUCACACUCAUUCCUAACAGGAAACUCCAGGAGACUUUCACUUAGAACUAAUCUUCUCAUAUUUCUAUAAAAAAAUCCUAAUAUGUUGGUCUAUGUCUGUUGAGCCAAAGUGGGCCUUCAAGGUAUUAAUAAAGUCUUACAUUUAAUAUUCUAAAGAGGUCUUGAAAGUCUUAAAUGAUGUCUUUUCCUUUGGUAGGAUUAAAUAAAGGUGUUGUGUGGGACUUUA